AUGCAGAGCAUCGUCCUCGUCCGCGGGCGCGCAACUCCGCAAGCCGAAGAACAAUCUCCCCGAUGCCCCUGCGCGCACGCGUUUGCCCCUUCGCCCACCGGUUACCUUCACCUGGGCUCAUUGCGAACGGCUCUGUUCAACUAUCUCCUCGCGAAACGUACCGGCGGCCAAUUCCUAUUGCGCAUUGAGGAUACGGACCAAAAACGAACGAUUCCAGAUGCAGAGCAAAGACUCUACGACGAUCUACACUGGGCGGGACUUCAUUGGGAUGAGGGCCCUGUGGUCGGUGGUCCGUAUGGACCUUAUAGACAGUCCGAGCGAACAUCCCUAUACCGAACUCAUACAAAUGACCUGGUCUCCAAUGGCCAUGCCUAUCGAUGUUUCUGUUCCUCCGAACGGCUCGAUUCCUUCGCGCGCCACCGCAGCCAGGCGGGACUGCCAGCCGGAUACGACAGAAAAUGUGCCGGUAUCUCUCAUGAGGAGUCAGAGGAUCGUGCGUCUAAGGGAGAAUCACACGUGGUUCGGUUGAAGGUGGACAAAUACCCUAUGUUCAACGACCUGGUGUAUGGCAAGACUGGCCAAAACAAGCCCAACGCCAGUAAGCUCGACUUGAUUGACCGAGUCUACGACGAUCCGAUCCUUCUCAAAUCGGACGGACACCCAACAUAUCACUUAGCGAACGUGGUGGACGAUCAUUGCAUGGAAAUCACCCAUGUCAUCCGUGGAACGGAGUGGAUGCCGUCUACGCCAAUGCACAUGGCUUUGUACGAUGCUUUCAAGUGGACUCCUCCGCGUUUUGGCCAUGUUCCGCUCCUUGUGGACAAGAACGGUCAGAAGUUGAGCAAGCGGAAUGCGGAUAUUGACCUUUCAUCAUUCAGAGACGCGCAAGGCAUCUUCCCCGCCGCUCUGGUCAAUUUUGCCGCGCUCUUGGGCUGGUCUCAUUCUCAAAAAUCAGAUGUCUUCAACUUGGAGGAACUUGAGAAUAUCUUCAAUCUGAAGAUUACGCGUGGAAAUACUGUGGUAGCUUUCGAGAAACUCUGGUUUCUUCAGAAGGCUCAUGCACAGCGUCUUGCAGCGGCCGGCGGACCUGAUUUCGACCAGAUGGUGAGCCGGGCAUCUGCUACUGUGAAGGAGAACUACCGUGAAGAAGGACUCGCUUCGAUCUUGGAUGGUCGUACACUGGAUGAGUAUAUCACUCCUCUCCUGCGCGCCGACGCCAAGUCCUAUACCACGGCCUCCGAGUUUGUGGAGCGCAACUCUACUUUCUUCACCAAGGAACUUGACCGUUCCCCCUAUACACCCGCCUCCACUCCUCUCACUUCAUCUUCCUCCUCGACGCCCUCUGCUUCAAUCCCGAUGCAAGCACUCCACACUGCUGCCGCCGCCUUCGCCCUUGUUCCGUCCGCCCACUGGACGGAGGAAACACACCGCAUGAAUAUCAGUUCCUACGAUGGAUCGGAGUCUGUAGAACUUCCGGCAGAGCUAGCGGAUGCACCAAUUGCCAUGGACAAGCUCUUCAAAAAGGAAUUGUAUCACUACAUCCGCUGGGCUUUAUCGGCUUCGGCACCAGGUCCUGGAAUCCCUGAGACCAUGACAAUUCUGGGUCGAGAGGAGACGGUGCGCCGACUUCAAGAUGCGAAGGCGUUGACACAAUCCUUGGUUCCGCAAACCGGCCGGAGAGUUCCCAAGUCCUCUGCCAAUAAGGAGAAGGAUGCAGACCAGAGUUGGAUGGGUUCUCUUGCUCCUGGCAAGCAAUAA